AAAAGUUAGGGGCGCAUGUAUAUAAACAUCUACUCAACGUAUAAUCACAACUUCAUACAGAGGAAGCAAAUGGCAGCCGCCGGCUAUGACCGGAUGAAGGAAGUCAAGGAGUUCGAUGAAUCAAAGAUGGGUGUCAAAGGUCUGUCCGACUCCGGCAUCACCACCAUCCCUAAGUUCUUCGUACACCCACCGGAAACUCUUUCCGGUCUCAAAUCCUCGUCGACAUUCACUGGAAUACCCGUUAUUGAUCUCUCUAACAUGGAGUCCGAUACUAAUCGGGUAAAGAUUGUGGAGCAAAUCCGAGAUGCUGCGAAAACAUGGGGGUUUUUCCAAGUGAUCAACCAUGGCGUGCCCGUCUCGGCACUCGAUGAAACGAUCGCCGCCAUCAAAGCGUUUCACGAACAACCAACCGAGGAGAAAUCAAAAUACUACGUACGAGAGGAAGGACGCGGCGUCAUGUACGCGAGCAACAACGACUUGUACAGAGCCAAGGCGGCGUGCUGGCACGACUCGCUGCAAGUAUGGAUGUCGCCGGAGCCGGCUCCGGCGGAGGACAUCCCGGCCGCGUGCCGGAGGGAGGUGGCGGAGUGGGACCGGCACGCGACGGAGGUGGCCGAGAGCGUGAUGGGGCUCUUGUCCGAGGGGUUAGGUCUGGAAGCUGGAAAAUUCAAAGAGUUGAGUUUUUCAGGCGCCAGGGUUCUUGUGGGCCACUGCUAUCCGUACUGUCCCCAGCCAGAUCUGACGGUGGGGAUUACGUCGCAUACGGAUCCUGGGGUUGUGACGGUUUUGUUGCAGAAUCAGGUGCAGGGGCUGCAGGUUAAGCACGGUGGGGAGUGGGUGGAUGUCAAGCCUUUGGAGGGGGCGUUGAUAAUCAACGUUGGAGAUUUCCUCCAGAUAGUCUCUAACGGCGAGUACAAAAGUGUGGAACACCGAGUGUUAGCUAACUCUAAUCCGGAACCAAGAAUUUCCAUUGUCAUAUUCUUCAAUCUUUGCAAGUGGAAAGGAUCUGGAUACUACGGACCCUUGCUGGAGUUACUGAGUCCUGAAAAACCAGCUAUCUACCGGGAUUUCACGAUGCAGGAGUUCUAUGAAAAUUUCUAUAGCAAGGGAUUGGAUAGCAAGUCUCUUGUUGAUAAAAUCAAACUUUGAGUUAAUUAGUAGUACUACUAGUAACCGAUAUCAACUCUCUCUAUAUACGUGUGUAUUUAAUUGAGUCCUCACCGGUGGACAUUAAAAUUAGUCUCUCUGGAAUUAGUCAAGAGGUGUGUGAUCAUUGUUUUUUUUUUUUUUGACAUGAUAUGUGAGCAUUGUUUACUGUAAUGUUAUUCCAAUAUUCUUAAAGC